AUGACAGCAGCUAGUGUUUUCCUGAAAGCACAACCAAUAGAUCCUGAGUUAGCAGCUAAGCUACUUGGGCACGGUGUAGCUGUUUCUCCAGUAGUAACUGUAGAACCGAGAAGAAGAAAAUUCCAUAAAGCGAUAACUCUCAGUAUGCCGGCGCCGAGGGCUCAUUCUCAAGGGAUGAUUAAUCAAUACUCGGGAAGCGCGCCAACGUUGCGGUUAUUGUGUUCCAUUACUGGUGGAACAAGCAGAGCACAAUGGGAAGAUGUCACAGGGUCAACGCCCCUAACCUUCGUAAAUGACUGUGUGUCCUUCACGACAACAGUUUCAGCCAGGUUUUGGUUAAUGGAUUGUAGGAAUAUUACCGAUGCCACUAAAAUGGCUACUGAACUUUAUAGAGAAGCCAUCCAUGUACCAUUCAUGGCGAAAUUCGUCGUCUUUGCUAAACGAAUCGAUCCGUUAGAAGCUCGGCUUAGAGUAUUCUGUAUGACCGAUGACAAAGAAGAUAAGACCUUGGAGCACCAAGAGCAUUUUACGGAAGUGGCUAAAAGCCGGGACGUAGAAGUUCUUGAAGGAAAACCACAAUAUAUAGAAUUUGCCGGAAAUUUAGUGCCUAUAACAAAAAGUGGAGAACCAUUGCAGUUCUCAUUCAGAGCUUUUAGAGAAAACCGAUUACCAUUUUCGGUAAGAGUUAAAGAUCAACACGCCGAAGCUAUCGGAAGAUGUCUUUUUAUGCGAGAACCAAAGGUUGCGAAAGGAGAGCCACCUCAACAACCUAUCUGCAUCCUCAACAUUGUUUUACCUGACGAUAUCGUCACAGAAACAACAACCUUAACCGACGUAGAUACAGUUAGACGUCACGCCUUCCUCAAAGACAACUUUGAAUAUUACCGGCCAGAUCCAAGAUUAGCCGAUAUGAGUAACCUCUUAGGAGAAGAUUGGGUGGCCUUGGCCGAACAAUUAGGAUUAACACCAUCUGAAAUAAACGUAAUUAAAUCUGAGUAUCUAGACAGUGUCGCAAAGCAGGCACAAUCGAUGUUGAGAAUGUGGAUAUCUCAGUCAGGGAACAAAGCACAAGGUGAUACAUUAGAGAAUGCUCUUAGGAGAAUUGGUAGAGAAGACAUUAUACCUCAGUGCCUAAAUGUCGAUGAUAUUGAUAGGGUGCCGAAAAUUGAACGGUACUCCAAAAAAGAUAUCGAUUCAAUACUAAAAGAACCACCUAAAUUAGAAACGUACGAGAGUAAAUACUCCGCCGAAGAAAAAGUCGUCGAAGAACAACACCCAUCAGAUGACGAAGACUUUAACAAAACCGUCUCUGAAAGGCGAGAACAAAUCCAAAAACGACUUACUGAAACGGCGAUACCCGCAUCGCAACAAAGACAAGAAAUCGUUGAGGAGAUCACGACGAUUAAACGACAGAGCAUGGUGGAGGAUAAAAUCGCUGAAGUUGAGGUGAAACAAAAAUCUGAACCGGCCAAGGUCGUUACGAAAACGGUGACCACACAAGGACCAGAAACUAAAACGGUUAUUGAGUCGGUUGAAAAAAUAAAAGCCACUGAACCAUCUGAUUAUCAACCGACCGAAGUGACCAUUACCAAACAAUUUAUGGAAGAUGAUAAACCCGAUAGAAAGACUACAGUUAGGACUAUUAUUACUGAAACGCGCACAACUGAACAUAUACCAUCUAAUGAAAUUAUUGACAAGAGGGAUUCUGAAUUAUUGGAAAGUGUUACGCAACGACUGGAAACGAAGAAAGUUACGCCACGGAUAUCAACAACAGAAGUGGAUCCGAAUUCUCCAAAACUCUCGAAAACACCACCACCCAGUCCAGCGGACUUUAUUUACAAGGAACAGGCAGCCGCAAUGCAAGCCACAGCAUCCCCGCAAGAUGAUGAUGACUCGUUGGACACCGACGGUUUUCGCGAGGAUCAACUCGAAACCCCUACACCCGAUGAACAUCUCAGUGGACCUUCUGUUUUGGGAAGGUACCAGCUUGAACGUUCGCUUGGGGAUAUUGAAGUUGAUGUUACUCAAUACGACAAUAUCAGGGAUUAUUAUCAAAAUCAAAUGCGGUUAUUUACCGGAGAGCGCAAAAGGCUAGCUUCUACGGAAGAUUUAGAUGCAGAAGAACCGGAAACUUUCACUACUGAAAGACCAGGCGAUUUAAAACUUCGUCCUUAUUCGUCUCCAGUUGAGAAAGGUGUUAAAGACUCCACAAGACCAGAAGAUUGGGAAAGAAAGGACGCUCGAUUAGUGGAAAGGCUACAUGGAGGAGCAGGAAAAGGAAAAGGUGACACCACCGAGCAACGAAGCACUAUCACAUUUAAAGAUGAAGGAAUUACCUUCGAAAGAACAUCUGAUCUUCGCGCAGAUGGGGCAACAAGAUCUUCAGAUCAGACUAAAACUGAAACUAUCAAAAUCUCAGGUACUGUAGAUAAAGGGGAAGAAAUGAAACACAUCAAAUUUUCUCAAACUAAAGGAAAAUAUGACAGUGUUAGAUCACAUUUUACCACACGAGGCACUUCUCCGUUAGAUAAACCAAAUAAAUUAGAAUCGUUAACUGAACUUACUCAUCCACUGCCUACAUUAGAAUUAGUAAUUGGUAGAAAAGAAGUACAUACUAAGGAAGCCACAGCUACGGCUGAAAGUCGUUUAACUUUAUAUGGUACUAAAGACGUUGAAAUAUCAAUUCAUUCUCAAUCGCAUAUAUCUGUUAUCACAACGAGAAAAGAUAGCACUGGUUUGGAAACUUCUGAAAAGGUUGAUGUUGGUAUGACUGCCACCGCAGGAACAGGAGAUAGUAUAUCUGAAGAUAAAAUUAAACAUGAUUAUAUAAUUCAACCAGACGCGGUCCAUAAGAAGAAAGAAGAGACAGUGAAUUUUAGCGGAAAACGAGAGGUAUUUCGUUAUGAUAGCACAGAAAAAGCUACUGGCGAAUCUCCAGACGAUAGUUUAUCUCAUCACGCCACUGAUACGGGUAUUUCCAUAACUAGAGGUACUACAGACACGAUGAGUUCAAUUAAAAUACUCCCAGGGUUAACUCAGGGUCUUCAAACAACCGGUUUCGUAUCUGAUAUUCACACAGACGUCGAACAAGAAGAGGGUGAAUUAACAGAUGCUGGAUUAAGCCCAAUUCAAGCCGAUGAACUGCCCCCAAUUGUUGAUGGUGAUAUACAAUUCAGCGAUAUAGCUACCAGCCCCAUAGAUUUCCCAGAAUCUGCGCAACUAUCACAUAUUGAUACUUCAGAAGCUGGCACAUUAACUGAUCAAAUAGACAUGAAAGAUGCUUCUAAUAGUCCAAUUCGAGUUGAAGAAGAUGCACUUCCUACUGAUGAAAAGCAAGAUCAAGACAUAUUAACAAAACGUCGAGGUUCUGGAGAUGUAAAGGCGAAAAUUAAACAAAUAGAAGAACAAGGAAAAAUUACUUUCCAUCUUGACCAUAUUCGUCGAAAAAGAGAAAUUGUUGACUCCGAGGAUGAGUUAUCCAGCUUAAAAGAAGAAGAAGUUAUACGCGGAUCAACCGAGACUUUAGCGCAUUUCGAAGAUGAACAACUCGAUUUACCCGAUAAAAAAGAUUUAAUAACCUCCGAUAGCGACGCGGAAGAUCGAGCUAUAUCUGAGACAAUAAAAACGAAAGAAAAAAUUCAUACCUCCCAAAAAGUUGGGCCUAAGAUCGCGCAACUUCAAAGAUUAUUUAGUAAAUCUGAUCACGAAGAAAGCGAUGAAGAAUCGCCUUAUAAACGUGCAAAGCCUAAACCCGACAUCAAACCAGAAAUGGUUUCUACGGUUGAUGAACCGUCUUUACAAUCUCAAGAGAGGGAAAUAAUUAAAGAAGAAAUUAAAGAUGAUGUAAUCGAAGUUGAAUUGGAGUAUAAAACGGUUCGCGCAGCCAAACAAAUGUUUGAAGAUUUAAUAUCAAAAUCUGCCGAGGGAACCCCCGUUAAGAAAUCAACUAAACCUAAAUCGCUAAUUGAAGAAGAUUCUUCAGAACCUAUCGUUGAAAAAGAGCCGCCUCGAAAAGACGAAGCCGAUGUUUCGGUUAUUGAUGAAUCCCAAGAAAAAAUAAGUAUCAAAAAGAAAAUAGAUGCGUUUACAAAAAUAGCAUCCGCAUCACCUACUGACGUCAAGGAAGUUAAAGCUAGACCAACGCGAAUAUAUAAAGAAGAUAUGAAAUUGAUGAGCGUAAAACCUACAGAUGUAAGAAAAGUUUUAUCUGAAAUGUUGGAAGCAACAAGACAGAUAAAAGCAGACGUGAAAGAAAUGAAACCAGAUUUAACACCAACCCCAGAAGGGCAACAAAUAACCAUCCUCCCAUCAAUAUCUAGUGAUCAACUAAAAGAUCUACAGGUUAUUAAGGAAGAACAAAAGGAAGAGAUUGAAACAGUAGACGUAAAACACAGAGAAAAAUCUGUACUUGAGAUUGAAGAAAAGUUGAUUCAAACUUUUGAACCAACUUUAGAAGUACAUGAAAUCGUAGAUGUUACAAAAAUUAUACGCAAACAUGAUAAAAGUCCUGAGCGUGAAACUAUUGAUGAGGAUGAGUCGGAAAUUAAAGAUAUUUCUGAAAUUGAACAAGAUGAAGAACUGUUUGAUGACAUAAGCGAAAGUGUUGAGGUUGAAAAGAAACAUUUCGAUGAAAAACAAAUUGAAACACAUGAGAAAUUGCAGGAAAUUCAAAAACCGCGAGAACUAAUAAUUCAAAAGCGAAUGAUAAGCAUCGAGGAUCAUGAGCCUGUGAUGGAAGAUAUAUCCCCAAUAAAAGAAACUAAGAAAUUAACCCCGGAAGAGUUACUUACUUUACAAAAAACUAAAUCUCCUGAAGAUGAAUCAAUAUCACUCCAAGAAUCGCUUGAAAAAGAUGUUACAAAAGUUGAAAUGCAAAGCUUUAAAGAAGAGAAGUCAAUAUCGCCAAAGGAAGAAGAUACUACUAUCGAAAAGGUUUCUCAUAUUAUUCCUAAUGGAACAUUAACACACGUUUGUGAAGAUAUAGAAAUCUCUCCAGAACCAAUAUGCACAAAAGUUGUUAUUUCAAAAAGUCCUUCCCCAACAGAUGACCACACGGUUAAAGAUAAAACUAUAUUAACCAGAAAGUUGUCAUUAUCUUUACCGAAGCCUUCAAAGGUACCUUCACUGCAAACAAUUACCACCGAAGAAAUUAAACAUCGAAUAAAAACAACGCAUGAAGACAUCGACCUUUCAACACAAUCAAUCGAACCACAGGUACCGUGUGAAGAACCGGUUUGUGAAAAAGUGGUUCUUUCUCCAAAAAUGCUCCAGAAAGAGGUUUUAGAUAAAUCAAUUAAAACAUCUGAAUUAUUAAAAGAUGAUACUAUUGCAAAGACACAACAAGAAAUAGUAACAAUCACACAUAAAUUAGUUACUCGAGACAGGAUUGAGGAGAAAAUGGCUAUGAAAGACAUCGGUCCAUUACAAUAUUUGCAACGUGAUGAACUUCGUACACAAACACAAGAUCUAGUCAAAGUCAGUAAAGAUAAAAUUGUGAUAUUCGAAAAGAAGGAGAUAAUUACAGAAGACGCAACAACUCAAGAGGAAUUUAAAGGCAUUAUCGAAGUAGUAGCCGAACCAGAUCAGAAAAUUGAAAUAACUAAAGACGUGAAGCUUAUCUUAGCGGAAGAACAAAAAGUGGCCGAAAGCGAACUAAUACUCUCUGAUGCAGAAAUAAAAGCAACUAAGGUAAAAGAUAAGAUAUCAGCUUGGGAAAAAAUGACACAUAAGAAAGAGGAAAAACCACAAGUUACAGGUAUUGAAAUUACACCGAAACUGUCAAUAAGAGAAGAAAUAUUAAGGUUUGAAAAGGAAAACAUACUCAAAAAAGAAAAAAUUACGUCAGAUCUAGUCGAUAUGCAAACGAAACAAGUUGAAGAAUAUGCUACAGAAGAGUCUUAUGAAACAAAGGGCGAUAUCCCAAAACUUAAAGAAGUUUUACCAUCAACGAAAAAAGUAAUAUUGCAAUUAACGAAAGAAGCCGAAACGCCAGUAUCGACAGUAUUUUCGGAGGAAAGAAAACAAUUACCAAGACAACUUGAAGCAACACCAGAUGAAAAAGAAGAUAAAGUCGAGUCGCUUGUUUCUCCGAAGAAAAAGAAACCAUUAGCCGCAGAUAUUGAAACGACACCUGCUGAAAAGGAAGUUGAAUCAGAGUCGCCUGUAUCUCCGAAAGAAAGAAAACCAUCAGCUGUGGAACUUGAAAUUACACCUGCUAAAAAGGUAGUUACAGCCGAGUCGCCUCUAUCUCCGAAAGAAAGAAAACCAUCAGCUGCGGAAUUGGAAGUUCCAGCUACUGAAAAGGUAGUUAAAGCCGAAUCGCCUGUAUCUCCGACAGAAAGAAAGUCAUCAGCUGCGGAACUAGACAUUACACCUGCUGAAAAGGUAAUUAAAGCCGAGUCACUUCUUUCUCCAAAAGAAAGAAAACCAUUAGCUGCAGAACUAGAAAUUACACCUGCUGAAAAGGUAGUUAAAGCCGAGUCACCUGUAUCUCCGAAAGAAAGAAAGCCAUCAGCUGUGGAACUAGCAAUUGCACCUGCUGAAAAGGUAAUUAAAGCCGAGUCACUUGUAUCUCCGAAAGACAGUAAACCCUCAGCUGCUGAACUGAAAAUUACACCUGCUGAAAAGGUAGUUAAAGCCGAAUCACCUAUAUCUCCGAAAGAAAGAAAGCCAUCAGCUACGGAACUAGUAAUUAUACCUGCUGAAACGGAAGCUAAAGCCGAGUCGCCUAUAUCUCCGAGUGACAACAAACCAUCAGCUGCGGAACUGGAACUGGAAUCUGCUGAAAAAGUAGCUAAGGCCGAGUCGCCUGUAUCUCCGAAAGACAGAAAAACAUCAGUUGCGAAACUAGAAAUUACACCUGCUGAAAAGGUAACUAAAGCCGAGUCGCCUGUAUCUCCGAGAGAUGGAAAACCAUCAGCUGCGGAACUGGAAAUUACACCUGCUGAAAAAGAUGUUAAAGCCGAAACGCCUGUAUCUCCGAAAGACACAAAACCAUUAGCUGCGGAACUACAAAUUACACCUGCUGAAAAAGUAGUUAAAGUCGAGUCACCUGUAUCUCCGAAAGAAAUAAAACCAUCAGAUGCGGAACUGGAGAUUACACCUACUGGAAAGGUAGCUAAAGCCGAGUCGCCUGUAUUUCCGAAAGACAGAAAACCAUCAGCUGCGGAAUUGGAAACUACACCUGCUGAAAAGGAAGUUAAAGCCGAAUCGCCCGUAUCUCCGAAAGAAAGAAAACCAUCAGCUGCAGAACUGGAGAUUACACCUGCUGAAAAAGAUGUUAAAGUCGAAACGCCUGUAUCUCCGAAAGACACAAAACCAUUAGUUGNAUCUCCGAAAGACAGUAAACCCUCAGCUGCUGAACUGAAAAUUACACCUGCUGAAAAGGUAGUUAAAGCCGAAUCACCUAUAUCUCCGAAAGAAAGAAAACCAUCAGCUACGGAACUAGUAAUUAUACCUGCUGAAACGGAAGCUAAAGCCGAGUCGCCUAUAUCUCCGAGAGACCAAAAACCAUCAGAUGCGGAACUGGAAACUACACCUGCUGAAAAGGAAGUUAAAAAAGCCGAGUCGCCUGUAUCUCCGACAGAACUAAAACCAUCAGCUGCGGAAUUGGAAAUUACACCUGCUGAAAAGGAAGUUAAAGCCGAAUCGCCCGUAUCUCCGAAAGAACGAAAACCAUCAGCUGCAGAUUUGGAAAUUACACCUGCCGAAAAGGUUGCUAAAGCCGAGUCGCCUGUAUCUCAGAAAGAAAGAAAGCCAUCAGUUGCGGAAUUCGAAAUUACACCUGCUGGAAAAGAUAUUGAAGCCAAAACGCCUGUAUCUCCGAAAGACACAAAACCAUUAGCUGCGGAACUAAAAAUUACACCUGCUGAAACGGAAGUUAAAGCCGAGUCGCCUGUAUCUCCGAGAGACAGAAAACCAUCAGAUGCGGAACUGGAAACUACACCUGCUGAAAAGGAAGUUAAAAAAGCCGAGUCGCCUGUAUCUCCGAAAGAAAUAAAACUAUCAGCUACAGAACUGGAAAUUACACCUGCCGAAACGGACGUAAAAGCCGAGUCGCCUGUACCUCCGAAAGACAGAAAACCAUCAGCUCCUGAACUGGAAAUUACAUCUGCUGAAAAAGUAGCUAAAGUUGAGUCGCCUGUAUCUCCGAAAGACAGAAAAACAUCAGUUGCGAAACUAGAAAUUACACCUGCUGAAAAGGCAGCUAAAGCCGAGUCGCCUGUAUCUCCGAAAGAAAGAAAACCAUCAGCUGCGGAACUGGAGAUUACACCUACUGGAAAGGUAGCUAAAGCCGAGUCGCCUGUAUUUCCGAAAGACAGAAAACCAUCAGCUGCGGAACUGGAAACUACACCUGCUGAAAAGGAAGUUAAAGCCGAAUCGCCCGUAUCUCCGAAAGAAAGAAAACCAUCAGCUGCAGAACUUGAAGUCACACCGGCUGAAAAAGAAAUAAAAGCAGAAUCGCCUGUAUCUCCAGCAAUAUCAGUUAAGGGGGAGAAGGUGGCGGUUGAGGAACUUGAAAUCACACCGCCUCAAAAAGGAAUAAAAGCAGAAUCGCCUGUAUCUCCGAAAGACAGAAAACCAUCAGUUAGAAAACCAUCAGUUGCUGAACUUGAAAUCACACCGGCUGAAAAGGAAAUAAAAGCAGAAUCGCCUGUAUCUCCGAAAGACAGAAAACCAUCAGUUGCUGAACUUGAAAAAGAAAACCAUCAGUUGAUAAAAGCAGAAUCGCCUGUAUCUCCAGCAAUAUCAGUUGAAGAGGAGAAGGUAGUGACUAAAGAACUUGAGAUCAUACCGGCUGAAAAAGAAAUAAAAGCAGAAUCGCCUGUUUCUCCGAAAGAAAGAAAACCAUCAGUUGCUGAACUUGAAAUCGCUCCGGCUGAGAAAGAUAUAAAAACAGAAUCGCCUGUAUCUCCGAAAGACAGAAAACCAUCAGUUGCUGAACUUGAAAUCCCACCGGCUGAAAAAAAAAUAAAAGCAGAAUCGCCUGUAUCUGCGAAAGACACAAAACCAUCAGUUGCUGAACUUGAACUCACACCGGCUGAAAAAGAAAUAAAAGCAGAAUCGCCUGUAUCGCCAGCAAUAUCCGUUAAGGAGGAGAAGGUAGCGAUUGAGAAGCUUGAAAUCACACCUGCUGAAAAAGAAAUAAAAGCAAAAUCGCCUGUUUCCCCGAAAGAAAGAAAACCAUCAGUUGCUGAACUUGAAGUCGCUCCGGCUGAAAAAGAUAUAAAAACAGAAUCGCCUGUAUCUCCGAAGGAAAGAAAACCAUCAGUUGCUGAACUUGAAAUCACACCGGCUGAAAAAGAAAUAAAAGCAGAAUCGCCUGUAUCUCCGAAAGACAGAAAACCAUCAGUUGCUGAACUUGAAAUCACACCGACAGAAAAAGAAAUAAAAGCAAAAUCGCCUGUUUCUCCGAAAGAAAGAAAACCAUCAGUUGCUGAACUUGAAGUCACACCGGCAGAAAAAGAAAUAGAAGCAAAAUCGCCUAUUUCUCCGAAAGAAAGAAAACCAUCACUUGCUGAACUUGAAGUGACACCUGCUGAAAGGGAAAUAAAAGCAGAAUCGCCUGUAUUUCCAGCAAUAUCAGUUAAGGAGGAGAAGGUAGCGAUUGAGAAGCUUGAAAUCACAUCUGCUGAAAAAGAAAUAAAAGCAAAAUCGCCUGUUUCUCCGAAAGAAAGAAAACCAUCAGUUGCUGAACUUGAAAUCACACCGGCUGAAAAAGAAAUAAAAGCAGAAUCGCCUGUAUCUCCGAAAGACAGAAAACCAUCAGUUACUGAACUUGAAGUCACGCCGGCUGAAAAAGAAAUAAAAGCAGAAUCGCCUAUUUCUCCGAAAGACAGAAAACCAUCAGUUGCUGAACUUGAAAUCACAGCGGCUGAAAAUGAAAUAAAAACAGAAUCGCCUGUUUCUCCAGCAAUAUUAGUUAAGGAGGAGAAGGUAGCGAUUGAGAAGCUUGAAAUCACACCGGCUGAAAAAGAAAUAAAAGCAGAAUCGCCUGUUUCUCCGAAAGAAAGAAAACCAUCAGUUGCUGAACUUGAAAUCACACCGGCUGAAAAAGAAAUAAAAGCAGAAUCGCCUGUUUCUCCGAAAGAAAGAAAACCAUCAGUUGCUGAACUUGAAAUCACACCGGCUGAAAAAGAAAUAAAAGCAGAAUCGCCUGUUUCUCCGAAAGAAAGAAAACCAUCAGUUGCUGAACUUGAAAUCACACCGGCUGAAAAAGAAAUAAAAGCAGAAUCGCCUGUUUCUCCGAAAGAAAGAAAACCAUCAGUUGCUGAACUUGAAAUCACACCGGCUGAAAAAGAAAUAAAAGCAGAAUCGCCUGUUUCUCCGAAAGAAAGAAAACCAUCAGUUGCUGAACUUGAAAUCACACCGGCUGAAAAAGAAAUAAAAGCAGAAUCGCCUGUUUCUCCGAAAGAAAGAAAACCAUCAGUUGCUGAACUUGAAAUCACACCGGCUGAAAAAGAAAUAAAAGCAGAAUCGCCUGUUUCUCCGAAAGAAAGAAAACCAUCAGUUGCUGAACUUGAAAUCACACCGGCUGAAAAAGAAAUAAAAGCAGAAUCGCCUGUUUCUCCGAAAGAAAGAAAACCAUCAGUUGCUGAACUUGAAAUCACACCGGCUGAAAAAGAAAUAAAAGCAGAAUCGCCUGUUUCUCCGAAAGAAAGAAAACCAUCAGUUGCUGAACUUGAAAUCACACCGGCUGAAAAAGAAAUAAAAGCAGAAUCGCCUGUUUCUCCGAAAGAAAGAAAACCAUCAGUUGCUGAACUUGAAAUCACACCGGCUGAAAAAGAAAUAAAAGCAGAAUCGCCUGUUUCUCCGAAAGAAAGAAAACCAUCAGUUGCUGAACUUGAAAUCACACCGGCUGAAAAAGAAAUAAAAGCAGAAUCGCCUGUUUCUCCGAAAGAAAGAAAACCAUCAGUUGCUGAACUUGAAAUCACACCGGCUGAAAAAGAAAUAAAAGCAGAAUCGCCUGUUUCUCCGAAAGAAAGAAAACCAUCAGUUGCUGAACUUGAAAUCACACCGGCUGAAAAAGAAAUAAAAGCAGAAUCGCCUGUUUCUCCGAAAGAAAGAAAACCAUCAGUUGCUGAACUUGAAAUCACACCGGCUGAAAAAGAAAUAAAAGCAGAAUCGCCUGUUUCUCCGAAAGAAAGAAAACCAUCAGUUGCUGAACUUGAAAUCACACCGGCUGAAAAAGAAAUAAAAGCAGAAUCGCCUGUAUCUCCAGCAAUAUCAGUUAAGGAGGAGAAGGAAGCGAUUGAAAAACUUGAAAUCACACCGGCUGAAAAAGAAAUAAAAGCAGAAUCGCCCGUAUCUCCGAAAGACAGAAAACCAUCAGUUGCUGAACUUGAAAUCACACCGGCUGAAAAAGAAAUAAAAGUAGAAUCGCCUGUAUCUCCGAAAGACAGAAAACCAUCAGUUGUUGAACUUGAAGUCACCCCAGCUGAAAAAGAAAUAAAAGCAGAAUCGCCUGUAUCUCCGGAAGAGGGAAAACCAUCAGUUACUGAACUUGAAAUCACACCGGCUGAAAAAGAGAUAAAAGCAGAAUCGCCUGUAUCUCCAGCAAUAUCAGUUAAGGAGGAGAAGGAAGCGAUUGAAAAACUUGAAAUCACACCGGCUGAAAAAGAAAUAAAAGUAGAAUCGCCUGUUUCUCCGGAAGAAAGAAAACCAUCAGUUGCUGAACUUGAAAUCACACCGGCUGAAAAAGAAAUAAAAGCAGAAUCGCCUGUAUCUCCGAAAGACAGAAAACCAUCAGUUGCUGAACUUGAAAUCACACCGUCUGAAAAAGAGAUAAAAGCAGAAUCGCCUGUAUCUCCAGCAAUAUCAGUUAAGGAGGAGAAGGUAGCGAUUGAGAAACUUGAAAUCACACCGGCUAAAAAAGAAAUAAAAGCAGAAUCGCCCGUAUCUCCGAAAGACAGAAAACCAUCAGUUGCUGAACUUGAAAUUACAUCUGCUGUAAAAAAAAUAAAAGCAGAAUCGCCUGUAUUUCCAGCAAUAUCAGUUAAGGAGGAGAAGGAAGCGAUUGAAAAACUUGAAAUCGUUCCGGCUGAAAAAGAAAUAAAAGCAGAAUCGCCUGUAUCUCCGAAAGAAAGAAAACCAUCAGUUGCUGAACUUGAAGUCACACCGGCUGAAAAAAAAAUAACAGCAGAAUCGCCUGUAUCUCCAGCAGUAUCAGUUAAGGAGGAGAAGGUAGCGAUUGAGAAACUUGACAUCACAUCGGCUGAAAAAGAAAUAAAAGCAGAAUCACCUGUAUCUCCGAAAGAGAGAAAACCAUCAGUUGCUGAACUUGAAAUCACACCGGCUGAAAAAGAAAUAAAAGCAGAAUCGCCUGUUUCUCCGAAAGAAAGAAAACCAUCAGUUGCUGAACUUGAAAUCACACCGGCUGAAAAAGAAAUAAAAGCAGAAUCGCCUGUAUCUCCGAAAGACAGAAAACCAUCAGUUGCUGAACUUGAAAUCACACCGGCUGAAAAAGAAAUAAAAGCAGAAUCGCCUGUAUCUCCGAAAGACAGAAAACCAUCAGUUGCUGAACUUGAAAUCACACCGGCUGAAAAAGAAAUAAAAGCAGAAUCGCCUGUUUCUCCGAAAGAAAGAAAACCAUCAGUUGCUGAACUUGAAAUCACACCGGCUGAAAAAGAAAUAAAAGCAGAAUCGCCUGUAUCUCCGAAAGACAGAAAACCAUCAGUUGCUGAACUUGAAAUCACACCGGCUGAAAAAGAAAUAAAAGCAGAAUCGCCUGUAUCUCCGAAAGACAGAAAACCAUCAGUUGCUGAACUUGAAAUCACACCGGCUGAAAAAGAAAUAAAAGCAGAAUCGCCUGUUUCUCCGAAAGAAAGAAAACCAUCAGUUGCUGAACUUGAAAUCACACCGGCUGAAAAAGAAAUAAAAGCAGAAUCGCCUGUAUCUCCGAAAGACAGAAAACCAUCAGUUGCUGAACUUGAAAUCACACCGGCUGAAAAAGAAAUAAAAGCAGAAUCGCCUGUAUCUCCAGCAAUAUCAGUUAAGGAGGAGAAGGUGGCGGUUGAGAAACUUGAAAUCACACUGGCUGAAAAAGAAAUAAAAGCAGAAUCGCCGGUAUCUCCGAAAGACAGAAAACCAUCAGUUGCUGAACUUGAAAUCGCUCCGGCUGAAAAAGAAGUAAAAACAGAAUCGCCUGUAUCUCCAGCAUUAUCAGUUAAUGAGAAGAAGGUAGCGAUAGAAAAAAUUGAAAUCGCUCCGGUUGAAAAAGAAAUAAAAGCAGAAUCGCCUGUAUCUCCGAAGGACAGAAAACCAUCAGUUGCUGAACUUGAAAUCACACCGGCUGAAAAACAGAAUCGCCUAAAACCAUCAGUUGCUGAGCUUGAAAUCACACCGGCUGAAAAAGAAGUAAAAGCAGAAUCGCCUGUAUCUCCGAAAGAGAGAAAACCAUCAGUUGCUGAACUUGAAAUCACGCCGGCUCAAAAAGACAUAAAAGCAGAAUCGCCUGUAUCUCCAGCAAUAUGUGUUAAGGAGGAGAAGGUAGCGAUUGAGAAGCUUGAAAUCACACCUGCUGAAAAAGAAAUAAAAGCAGAAUCCCCUGUAUCUCCAGCAAUAUCAGUUAAGGAGGAGAAGGUAGCGAUAGAAAAAAUUGAAAUCGCUCCGGCUGAAAAAGAAAUAAAAGCAGAAUCGCCUGUAUCUCCGAAAGAGAGAAAACCAUCAGUUGCUGAACUUGAAAUCACACCGGCUGAAAAAGAAAUAGAAUAA